CAAGCCUGUCAUCAAGCGUGUCGUCAAGCAUGACAUGGAGCUCUUGGUCUCAGGGAACGAGCUGCACAUUUACAUCUAUCUCAUUGUGUGUGUGUAAGACCGACGUGAAGGGUUACCUGUCCCAGAGCAAGGAAGCCGGGAGAAAAAAAUGAGGGGAGAGAAGUAGCAGAAAGGGAAAAGGGAGACAAGCGGAAGUGAAAACAAAAUUAAGAAAAAUUUUACUCGCAAAGAUGGCGAAUGCGAUUGUUACCCUGACCCUCCUAUCUUUCUUGUCAACUUUUAGCAGAGUAAAAGCGACCUUCCACUGCCAGCGGACUGGCUCGAACUGUUACAACAACGGUGUUUGCCAGAAAGAUGGCUUUUGCAUGUGUCCGGCCCCAUACUCAGGUGACCAGUGCCGCAAUAUAGAUAGGCCGGACUUCACCAGUCUGUGCGACGCUGAGCACUACGGACUUGCGUGUGAACUGAAACGAUACGACGUGCAGUGUUUCCGAGAAUUCAUGAUUUUCAACAUCAACCCGCUGCAGUUCAGAGGCCGUGUGGUCACUCUAGCAGAUAUCAACGGACCAUCCACUUCAGCCUGUGUGAUACCGUCGUGGUCAGCCACUGACCAGAACAAACCUUCUGGCUGGGAGGGGUUUGGGAAACUCCACAGGUACACCGGCAAUGGCGCCUCGGACUGCAUUGGAAACCCCUACAAGGUCAUGGAUGGUGACUACGAAGUGUACAGGUUGACGAUGGUGGUGGAAUAUGAGCCGACAGAGCCCGCUGCUGUGUAUGCUGUCGACGAAGCCGUCGUCUUCGAAUGUCGGGUGAACCGUGACAUUUCCACUGACGUGGUGACCUCGUCACGGUGGACCUUGUCACGCAAAGCGGUUCCACGAUGGUAGUGGGAGAGAUGGCGGCUCACGUUGACUACAGUGUGGAGUACGCCGCCGGAGGCAAGGUGCCGAUAGAAAGCAGGGUACCCGUCGGGACCCCCCUCCGACUGACUUUCAGCCUGAAGAAUGAAAGCCAGUACACACAACUUGGGAUUUCGGGGUGCAGGGCUCUGCCUGAUUUGAACGGACAGUCUGAGAAGUGGAUUGAUCUUGUCGACGACAGGUGCUUCUACCCACCGACUGUUCAAGGCUAUGUCAUGUCCAGGAACAAGGACGCAGCUUCUGUUUACUUUCAAGCUGUUCGCAUCCUCCCGUCCUUCGCACUGCACCUGCGAUGUUCUCUGUACGCCUGCACUCGGCAAGACCAAGACAAAUGCGACAUGAGGAAUAUCGACAAGAGGAAAUGCCCCCCACGAAAACCUUCACUAAGACGAAAGCGAGGAAUCUCCAUGCCUGGUGCAGGUUUUAACUACACUGUCAUCACCACCAGCAUCCUGCUGGACGACACCAGCGAUGUCCGUGUCAGUUCAGUUGCAGAUAAUUCAAGGGGAGCUAUUUUUCAGAAAACCCACCUGUCGGAAGUCUUGGUUUGGGUGAUUGUGUCAGCAGCCUGCAUCUCAUUGGUUGUCCUUCUCGUGACACUAGCAAUAUGUCUGCACUCCAUGUUGUCUGCUCGCCGAUACAAAACAUCAAACUGCAACUCUACUGUCGCUUGAUGAAAGAGUCAAACUGAUUUUUAUGGACAGAGCUUGUUGAUGGACAGACUGUUGGAACUUCACAGUGCUCUGUGGACUUGUAAAUGAAAGGGAGUAAACAAUCAAAACCAAA